AUGGAAUGGAACAAUGAGAUCCACCUCACCAAAAGUGCAGCAGUGGUCUUUAAGACCACCAUAGUCAAUGACUCUCUUCUGUAUCCUUCAUGUCCUCCCAGAAAUAAGGGAAUAUGGGCCAGGCUGUGGGAAAUAUCCUACCAAGGUUUGCUGAAAAUAGUGACCGGCUCUAUCUUUACGAUUUAUGUGAUCUUCUGCCUUGAUGAUGGGAUGGUGCUGAUGAACAGGGAAAUGCCACCAAGAUUUAUGUACCCCAAAGAGUGGCAGCACCUCACCAUGUUCAUCCUCCUCACCCUCAAUGGCUGUGUAGAUGUCACGAGCAAGAACUUGCUGCCUCAGAGGUGUGUGCUCCUAGAAAAAGGUGCCCUGGUCCUGAUCUUCUACGUGCUCCUGAUACUGUUGGUGUCACAUGUUCAAGAUUCGACAGGGGUGGAACUGCAGGUUCACUCUCUACUCAUCUUGGUGGUGUUCCUGCUGAUGCUGGUGUUGACUGUUGAGCUGUGGGCUCCCAACACAUUUCACCUCUCAAUGACUGAGGCCUUUCUGUUUCUGAUGAUGGGCUCCUGGCUGAUGCAGGCAGGCUUUAUUCUGUACCGACCAGUCACCGGCUACCCAUGGCAGGAUGAUGACAUCAGUGACAUCAUGUUUGUCACUACCUUCUUCUGCUGGCAUGUGAUGAUCAAUGCUUUGUGUCUACUGGGAACAUAUGGCAUCUCUUCCUUUUGGCAUCAUUGUUACAGUCCCAGGUCGAAGCUGACAGGAUCCAAAGAAGCUCCAUAUUAUGCCAACACUGAAGGACCAAGGACCCAUCUGACAGAAGUGAAGCAGUCAGAGAAAGAUGACCAGGCUCUUCUCCUCCCAGAGAGCUCACCCUGAGAUAGGGCCCAGGAUACCUGGCACAUUGUCCAUCCCUUCUUCCUCCUUGUAGGUUCUCUCAGACAUGUGCAUGGUAUCCUCUUUGGUCUCCAAUGAAGGUAAUGGCCAUGGAGAGCAUUUGGUCUCCAUCUGCUGGUACAUCUCCUGUCCUUGAACCUCAAAUCACUGAGGAGGUGAGGAGAGAGGGGGCUGAG